UCACAGGACAAUGUUGAGCGUGUGGACACCCUGCGUCUCAGCGCAGAGGAGUUCAUCCAGCGCUUCGAGAGGCCCUACAAACCUGUGGUGCUGCUCAACUGUCAGGACWCCUGGCCCGCCCGYGAGAAGUGGACCAUGGAGCGCCUCAAACGUAAGUACCGCAACCAGAAGUUCAAGUGUGGUGAGGACAACGACGGUUACUCUGUGAAGAUGAAGAUGAAGUAYUACGUGGAGUACCUKGAGUCCACACAGGACGACAGCCCACUCUAUAUCUUCGACAGCAGCUACGGCGAGCACGCCAAGCGCCRUAAACUGCUGGAGGACUAYCAGGUGCCAGUUUACUUUAGGGACGACCUCUUCCAGUUCGCCGGGGAGAAGCGCCGGCCUCCUUACAGAUGGUUUGUAAUGGGUCCUGCCCGCUCUGGCACUGGCAUCCACAUUGACCCGCUGGGUACGAGUGCCUGGAAUGCCCUGGUGCAGGGGCACAAGCGCUGGUGCUUGUUCCCCACCCACACGCCCCGGGAGCUGAUCAAGGUGACCCGGGAGGACGGGGGCAACCAGCAGGACGAGGCCAUCACCUGGUUUAACGUGGUGUACCCACGCACCCAGCAGCCAACCUGGCCUGCUGAGUUCAGACCUCUGGAGAUUCUGCAGGGACCAGGGGAGACUGUGUUUGUCCCUGGAGGCUGGUGGCAUGUGGUUCUCAACAUGGACACCACCAUCGCUAUCACUCAGAACUUUGCCAGCACCACCAACUUCCCCAUCGUGUGGCAUAAAACUGUGCGGGGCCGGCCCAAACUAUCAAGGAAGUGGUAUCGUAUCCUGAAGCAGGAGAGGCCAGACAUUGCUACCCUGGCAGACAAAGUGGACCUCCAGGAAUCGACUGGCAUCGCCUCGGACAGCUCCAGUGACUCUUCCUCCUCCUCUUCCUCCAGCUCCUCUGACUCAGACUCAGAGGCUGAGUCGGGCUCGGAGGGGGACGCCAUGUCUCACAGGCGGAAGAAGAGGAAGACAUGUGGCAUGAUAUCCAACGGAGACAGCAGCACCAAGGACGACUGUGUCAGCAAAGAGCGCAGCUCUUCCCGGUGACCCCCCCGCUCCGCCCCGGCUCUCCAAAAGGCCACACCCAGGGGGACUCUCGCAUGAAGAGCGGCCAAUUUGUUUGUUUUCAUUUGUGUAUCUCCAAAGGAGAGUCUGGUGACCCUCUGUCAGUCUGUUGGAUAGAUAAGAGGGCCAGCCUAACCCUAGGCUGUGAUAAAGGAGAUUCCCCCUGAGGCGCGGACCUCUUGGAGAUUUAUCUGCCACCGCUCAGCUUCUAGUCAAACGUCAAUCUAUAUUGCUGUUGCUUGUGGGGUGUGGGAAGAGCAGUAUUUCAGUGCGAGGGAGGGGUGUUGACCUUUGGAGAGAGGUGGGCUUAUGCCUUGAUGUACACCAGGAACUGGGGCUGAGGCAGGGAGCCUAUCAGGCUGGCCUGUCUCCUCUACAGUGCCAUGGUCUUAUGUUGCUCAGUGGGGAAAUGUUUUCUAUUCACAGUGAGAUGAUGGAUAGAUAGAUAGAUGUGCUUUGGAUUGACUUUACUUUGCAGUACAUGGGAUGCCAGUUGAGUUUUAUCAUGGCAGAGUUGACCAUCUUUAGAUAUUAAAGUGUACUGUGAGUUUUGUAAGUUGAUACUGUAUGACAGGGUAAGGGUGGAGGGAGAUGCUGCCUUCUUAGUCUGCAAAAAAGCCA